AUGUCUCAAUAUGAUCAAUGUUCAUUGAAUAGUAUAUGUGGAUGUCUGCAUACAAUAAAUAAUAUUGAUAACAGUAUUUGUGUUUCUCUAUGGUUGACUUGUUCAGAAUUGGUUUCAUGUGCAUCUCCAAAUAAUAUGUGUUAUGCACCUGAUCAUAUCUGUGUUCAUCAUCCACAAUGUUAUGAUCAUCCUGUUUGUUAUCCUUUGUCACAGGCUAAUCAACAAAUUUGUCCACCAAUGAUAACUUCGUCACCACCAUUGAAGCCCAGUGAUGGUAUUUGUGAAAAUGCAAUAUGGUCUACAAAUGGUACUACUGUAGCUGGUAGUGACGGUCUUGGAUCUGCACUUUAUCGAUUGUAUGGUCCUUGGGGACUUUUUGUUGAUGACUAUCAAUCUGUUUAUGUGGCAGAUUCGAAGAAUCAUCGUAUAGUUAAAUGGAUAAAAGGUGCUUCGAGUGGUCAACUAGUCGCAGGUGGAAAAGGAAGUGGAAAUAAUAAUGAUCAAUUGAAUCAUCCAUCGGAUGUUAUUGUCGAUAGUGAUGGAACAAUUUACAUUAGUGAUACGGAAAAUCAACGUAUUCAACAAUGGUUUCAAGGUGCUAAAGUUGGAAAAACCAUUAUUAAAGAUAUAUUGUCUCCUGUUGGCAUAUCACAAGAUAAACAAGGAUUAUUCUAUGUAUCUGAUUGGAGAAAAGGUGAAGUGAGAAAAUGGCGUAUUGGUGCGACAACGGGACAACUGGUUGCAUCAAGACUUGGUGGUCCACGAUUUUUGUUCAUUGAUCGAAACCAAUCUAUUUACGUAGCCGAGGAAAGACGUGAUCGAGUAAUAAAAGUCGAUGAUACUUCAGCUACACAAUUUUCAAUUCUUGCGGGUGGAUCUCUCGGCGAUGGUUUAGAUCAAUUGUUACAACCGUACAGUGUUAUUGUUGAUGAAUUAGGCACUCUCUAUGUUGCCGAUACUAAUAAUCACCGAAUAAUGCGUUGGACACGAGGAGCUAAAUCUGGCAAAGUAAUAGCUGGCGGUCGUGGUAUAGGUUCUCGAUAUGAUCAACUUAGCUAUCCACAUGAUCUAUCAUUCGAUCUUAGCGGUAAUCUCUACGUAGUUGAUUAUGGAAAUCAUCGUGUGCAAAAAUUCACUAUUGAUAAGAGUUUAUGUUAA